AAUUCUCAAUUAGAAAAUUAUAAUAAAAAUUUAGAAGAAGAUGAAAAUGAUGAAAGCGAUGAAUUUUUAUUUAUUUCUAAAUACCAAUUACAAAAAUAUCAUCAAAUUUAUAAUAAUGUUAAAAUUGUUAAUAAUUUGGAAGAAGAUAAUUUAAAUAAUAAUGAAUUAACAACUAUUAAUAAUAAUGAAGAAACUUUUAUAAAACAGUUAAGUGAAACAAAUUGUUGUCAAAAUAAUUGUUUAAAAGAAAAAAUUAAUUUUAAAAAAGCUUUUUUAAGAAAUUUUAAUUUUCAAUUAUUAUCUAAAAGUAACCAAGAUUCUUUUUUAAUGGGUUAUUUUAUUGGUAGUUCAAAUUUAAAAAAUACUUCUAAAGGCAAUAAAAGAAUUAGAAUAUAUUAUAAUUAUUCUUUUGAUUCGGAAGAAAUAUGUUUACAAGCUUUUAAAUUUAUUUAUGAAAUUGGAUCUACAAGAAUAGAAAAUAUUAGAACUCAUUUAUCUCAGGAAGAUAUUAAAGCUAGAAUUCAUAAAUCUGCUAGAAAAUCUAGUCAUACUGCAAUACCUUUUUUUACAAUUUUAAAAAUAAUUAAUUUUAUUUUAAGUUAUGCUAAUAAAUGGGGACUUCUAUCACCAG